AGGACUUUCUUUUUCAGGCCGGGUAGGUUGCCCACCAACAACUCAAGUAAACGGUCAAAUAGAUUAAGAGUCGGCAGCACAAUCAUCAGCCAUCCUUUGAAGAAACGUAAUAUUUAGGAGUUAAAUCGCCAUUAUUGUUCACAGGAAAUACUAACAAGUAAAAUCGAAAAAGAAGGCACAAGAAGAGGCGCAUAGAAACAUUUUCAUACUCGAUGACAUUACAUCGCAAUGUCCGAUCGUUUGGGGCAAAUAACCAAGUCCAAGGAUGGGAAAAGCAAGUACUCCUCACUCAGCCUAUUUGAUAAGUACAAGGGAAAGUCUAUAGAAACUCAGAAAACAGCAGCAGUUCCGCGACAUGGCUUACAGAGUCUUGGCAAAGUGGCCGCAGCCCGGCGCAUGCCCCCACCUGCUCACCUGCCGAGCCUGAAGUCAGAGAACAAAGGAAACGAUCCAAACGUGAUUAUCGUGCCCAAAGACGGAACAGGAUGGGCAAACACACAGGAACAAACCGAUCAAAAGAGUUCCAUUGCAUCAACAGCACAGCUGCUGGAGUUGCAGCCACAGCUGGCUUUGCAGAAAUCUGUCUCCAAUCUCCAGAAGCCCACACCGGUAGCCAGUCAGGAGAGCACAAACACAGGUGGACCAAAGCAAUGGGCCCAGCUAAAUGGAAAGGCCGUAGAACUAGAUGCAGGUUUAAGGGCCUCAAACCGACUGCAGCCCUUCUCUCACGAGGAAUUUCCAACGCUGAAGGCUGCUGGGGAACAGGACAAGGCUGGCAAGGAAAGAAGCGCCUUCGAUCCGUCGUAUGGGCCCGGACCAAGCCUCCGCCCCCAGAAUGUGACAAGUUGGAGGGAGGGUGGUGGGAGGAACCUUGUGCCCUCAUCCCUGCCAGCAGGCCUGCCCUCGGAUUCCGAGGGCAAGGCCAGCGGCGUAGCUGAGACUGGAAGCCCCCCUCCACCUCUUCCCCCCUCUGCCCCCCUCUCUGCCUCCAUGGUCAGUCCCACCCCUGCCACUGUUGUCAGCGCCCCUUCAGUCCUAGAGCCCAAGGAGCCCUGUCUGCGCCCUGCCCAGCCCCUCCGCAGGCCCACCCCCCCUGCCCUGAACCAUCACCAGCUCCACCACCCUACCACCACCACCACCUACCACGACAUGCUGCCUGCCUUCAUGUGCCCCAAAGAGACUCGUGAUGCUCCUGGCACUGCUGAACACACUGGCCCUGUCACUGUGGUCGCCCCAGUUCGCUUUGACAACCGGCCCACCUUCAGACAGCCCUACCCCAACAUCAACCAAGAGCCUGUCAACGGUGAGGUUAGGAGAGAAGAAAACCGCUUCAUCCGUGGGCCCUCCCGCAACCUCUCCUCCAGACCCAUCCGUCGGCCCGGUGACAGACCCCCUCGUCCGGCCAUCAUCAACCCAGAGGACCUGAAGGAUCUGGACGAGCUGGACAACGACUGUGAAGACGGCUGGGCAGGUAUCCAUGAAGAAGUGGAUUAUGGCGAGAAACUCAAGUUCAGUGACGAUGAGGAGGAGCACGCCGAAAAGAACAAGAUGUGGGCUGAAUGGGAGAACCAGCGUCGCGAGCACCAGUUGUCGCUGAGCACAGGAGAGGGGGCGUACCCCCAGGAGGGCCCUGAGGAGGAGGCUUACCUGGCCUUCCAGGAGCAGAUGGCCCACAGGAAGACCAACAGCAGGUUCCCCUCUGGAGAACCACAGGCCCAGGCCCAACAGAAGAGCUCCGGGCCUGGCAUGGCCCACCAGGGUGAACCCCUGGACGACCAGGAGGAGCGCCAGGGCCCAGCCCGGGCCAAGUUUGUAUCACCGGAACUCUCUGAGGCAGUGGAGAGAGCUCGCCGGCGCAGGGAGGAGGAGGAGAGACGCGCCCGUGAGGAGAGACUUGCCGCCUGCGCCGAGAAGCUCAAGAGGCUAGACGAGAGGUUUGGGAAGACUGAGAGACAGUUGUCAAGGUCUGAGGAGGGAGUGAAGGAUGCAGAGAGCAAGGAGGCAGCACUGUCCCCUGGGAGAGAGAGCAAAAACCACCAGGAGAGCUGGCAAUAUGGCACGAAAGACACUGAGUGUCCCUUGGAGCACUCCCCCGGCCAGCAGGACUACAGGGAAGAGGGCACCUUGGGCUUCGCCCCCUACCGCAAUGAGGACGAUGGCGGGGCUGAUCCCACUUCUCCCCUGCCCGACUACACAAACCACCAGGCCUCCAAGCCCGUCCCGCCCCGCUUCCAAAAGCAGCAGCAGGACCAAGUGUAUAAAAUGCAGCACUGGCAGCAGCAGCAGUCUGGCCACCCCGCCCCCUCGGGCUCCAGCCACCCCCCGAGGGGGUACUACCCCCCACACAUGCUGGGCUUCGACCCCCGCUGGAUGAUGAUGCCCCCUUUCUUGGACCCCCGCAUGGCCCAGGGCCUCCCCGUAGACUACUACCCCAAUGCUGUCCACUCUUCAGGAAUGAUGAAAUCGAGGAUGCAGCCAGACCAUCUGAACAGCCCAGGGUCCCCCUCUGACGAUGGCUGCCAUCCAAGCAUGCAUCAGGAGCGGAGGGCCCCCUCCACCGAGCCCUACCCCUUGUGGAACCAAGAUGGCUACCCUCCUCGCAGUUUCACCCCACCCUACCAGAGACAGCACGAGAGCUCAGACAGGAGCCAGCCAGACGACCGGAGUGACAGGACAUGCUCCCAGCAGGACUUGUACGAAGAGAGUGGUAACGAGUGCCUAGACAACCCAUCUGGUGACCUCUCCCAUCAGGCCUACCACCAGAGCAAAGGUCCCGACAGGGAUCACCACCCGCACGACCAAGGCCUGCUCUCCUCAGCCCCGAGCCGGCCCCAGCAGCAGCAUGCAGACAGCGACUACCCCAAACAGGAGCCCAAAGACAGGUACCUGAAGGACGGCACUGAACCCUGUGACGAAGUCUUCGACACCUCCAAGGAAAAGUUUUUUGACUCCGACUUCCAUAGGCGAGAUGGAGGCCAGAAGAAGGAAGUUUGUGUUGGUGGUCAUAACCAGUGGUCUGAUCCUGGCUCCAGCACCCCUGCCAGCAGUGUAAGCCAGCCCUCUGAGACUGGCGGUAGGACCCUGACCCGCAGGACUGGUCCCAUCAAGAAGCCUGUGCUAAAGGCCCUCAAAGUGGAGGACAAGGAGAACGAGAAGCCCAAAGUGGAGCCUGAGGAGAAGGUAGUCCCUUACCGCCUGGAAAAGGAGGUGCUCACCAACGUAUAUGACCUGAAGAAAGAUAACCAGCCCCUAGUAAGUAACAGACGAUCGGCCUCGCCUGCUAUUGAGAAGCAGCCAGAAGAGAAGCAACAACCACCAGCUCCUGCUAAAAUAGAGCGGCCAGCCAGUACCCACAGUGAGGAUUUGCCGAAGGAAAACAGCUGGGACAGCGGAAAGAGCCAGUCCUCCAGAGACAGCCAGGAGAGCAGGGAGCCUGGUGCACCACGACGCAACAACUGGAUCUUCAUCGAUGAGGAGCAGGCCUUUGCCGGAGCCAGGGGAACGGGUAAAGGUCGGAGCCGUGGCGGCUUCAAGGAGUUCAGUUCAAGAGGAGACCGUGGUGGCCGGGGAGGCCGAGAGAACCCCAGAGGAGGCUACAACAACAAUAUCAACAGCAGGGACGCUGCUGGAACCCAGAGACCAGGCAGAGGCAGAGGACUGCCCAGGGAAUUUGUCAAGGUGGAGGACCUGCAGAGGGGGAAGCCGAGGAGGCGCAACGUCAGCGAGACUCUGAGCGAGACCUCAGAGUAUGAGGAGCUGCCCAAGCGGCGACGCCAGAAGGGCUCUGAAAACGGAGAGGGUGGCAGCUACCCAGAGCAGGGAGAGACCAGGAAGGCCGACCGAGACUCUUGGAGGUCCAACAAGGUGUACACGGAAGAACAGGCGACCAGUGACGCCCGCGACAAGGCCAAAGCCAGCAGCAGGGGGUUCGGAGGCUUCGGCCGCUCCCUGCCUCCCAGACUCGAUACUGGCAGGGGCUACAACACCAGCCGAGGGUUCAACAACGGCUCCAGAGACAUCUCCACCUGGAGAGGAAGGGGGACUCAGUUUGGCAGUGGCGGUGGGCCCAUGCAGGAGAACGGCUACGUCUUGGGCACCGAGACCUAUCCCAGGAGACCGCCUGCAGAGCGUGAGCCCCUCAAAUACACCCCCAAGUUUACUGGCUCUACUGGUUCCUUCAUGGAGAACGGCACUGAGGACCGCAGCGGGGAGGGUGAGUACUACAUAGACAGCGACAACCCUGGACAACAGCCGUUGAGAAGACGGAGGCCGCCGCGCCAGGACAAGCCCCCGCGUUUCCGCCGACUACGUCAAGAGAGAGAGCCUGGCAGUGGCCAGUGGACCAGCGAUGAGUACAUCAACGGAUCAGAAGGAUUCGCGAACCCCUGGCCGAGCCGCUCCAAGGAGGGAGGUAAAGAGGACGGCUGGUCCAGUGGCCACUACUCCGGAGGGGGGGGUAGGUCCGGUGGUCAGCACGGCCAGGCGGAGGACUGGGAGACUGGCUCAGAGAACAGCGACUUCAGUGACUGGAGGGAGAAGCGUGGGGGAGGGCAGCAGCAGCAGACACACGGGGGAGAUGUGCACUCAGACUCAGGCCACGGGGAUCCUGGGUCUGGAGAGAAGAGGGAGCUGGCCAAGAGGAGUUUCUCCAGCCAGCGCCCCCUGGUGGACCGGCAGAACAGGAAGGGUGAGGUGGAUGGGAACAAGAUGACGCGCUCUUCAGAGAAACCUAACACUCUGCCCUCCUGUAACAGGAAUGACGGCUGGCAGAAUGGAGGGGCCUCCAACCAUAAGAGCAGGAGCCCAGAGGAGUCAGGCCCAGUCUACAAUGUUGAGCAGUCUGAGGAGGGCCACCAGGCAAACGAACCCUCGGGGAAGAAGCUGGACAAGGAGCUGAAGCCCAGGUCUGUGAAGGGAGACCUGGCCAAACCACUGUCUCAGUACGACCUCAACAGCUACCCCAUUGAGGGGGAUUCUGGGUGUCCUAGUCCAGAUGGGUUCCAAGACCUGUCCAAGAAACAGCUGCGGCGCCCACAGGAAGACGACAGAAGGAGAAAGGAACAAGGAGCUCCUGUUCCAGUAAAAAACAGACCGAUCACCUCCAAGAUGCCCCCGCGGUUUGCCAAGAAGCAGGGUGGCAUGACCAUUGAUCAGCCAGAAGAGGGACUCUCUGCCAACAACCUGGGCACAGAUAUCUGGGAGACUAACAGCUCAGCUCUCUCAAUCCAGUCAUCUGGAGGAGAUUCGUGGACCAAGCAGGUCUCCUUCACAGGCAGCGAGCCCAACUCGGAGGAUUCUGACGCGGGCCCUGAGCAGAGCAAGGAGCAGCACAAGCCCGGUCCCAUCGGCAACGAACGUUCACUCAAGCACCGCAAGGGCUCGGAGGGUGUGGAGCGUCUGGAGGGGAGGCCCAUCACUCCCGUCAACGGCGUGGACCUCCACGUGGACACGGUGCUGCCUGUGCCACCCAUCGAGUUUGGUGUCAGUGCCAAGGACUCUGACUUUAGUCUGCCACCCGGUUCCACCCCAGUGCCCGUGUCCAACCCUGUCACCAAGCUGCAGGACGCCCUCGUUAGCAAUCCGGCCCUGACCCAGGCCAUUCCCAUGCUGCGUAGAGACCACCUGCAGCCUGGCAUCAACCUCAACCCCAUCUCUUUCCCCAGUGCUGACCUCACACUCAAGAUGGAGUCGGCCCGUAAGGCGUGGGAGAACUCCCAGUCUCUCCCCGAGCAGGGCUCUCCUGGUGGGGGUGCCUCUGGUGCCCAGCCCCCUUGCAGCGUGGGCUCCUCCAGCGGGGUGAGCUACAGCUCUUUCGGAGGGGUGUCCAUGCCCCCCAUGCCCAUUGCCUCCGUGGCGCCUUCCAUGUCCAUGCAGGGUAACCAUGUCCCCCCGCUGUAUCUGGACGGCCAUGUCUUUCCCAGCCAGCCUCGUCUGGUGCCCCCAACCAUGACCCAGCAGCAGAGCUACCAACAGGCGGCCGCGGCUGCCCAGCAGAUCCCCAUCUCCCUACACACCUCUCUGCAGGCCCAGCUCGGUCUCCGGGGAGGCCUUCCCGUCUCCCAGUCCCAGGAGAUGUUCAACUCCAUUCCCUCCUUCAGGUCCCAGGUGUACAUGCAUCCCAAUCUGUCUCAGCCUAACCCCAUGGUGCUGUCAGGCGGUGGCCCCCUGAAGGGGCCCUAUUCGGCCUUCCCGGGCAUGCAGCCAUCGGACAUGGUCAAGCCCCAGUCGGGCUCCCACUACCAGCCCAUGAACGGCAGCCAGACCAUGGUCUACGACGGCCAGAUGAACCAGGGCCCUGGCAUGAGCUCCUCCCAGCUCAUGGACUCCCAGCUCAUCCAGGUGACCAUGCCCUUGCCGGGCUCCCAGCUGCGUUAUGGCUCUGCCCAGCAGCACCUCAUCCUGCCCCAAUCCAUCCAGCUCCAGCAGGGCCAGAACCUCUCCGUCGGAGCUGCCCGCAGGAUGCUCCCCCCUGGCUCCCAGCCCCCUGUCAUGACCGGCAGUAGAGAGAAUUUCCCAAUGUCUACUGGUCCGUAUACUACUUACAAGACCUCCCAGAUGGAAAAGAUAGGCUUCCAGUUCUCUGACAAGCCCAAUCACUCCCAGGGCAUGCCUGGAGGAUACAACAGACCAGGGUCUGCCAGCCCCAGUGGGAAGCAGUCUGGCCCCGUGGGCCCUCUGCCUGGGCAUUACAACCAGCAGAAGACCUCAUCCAUGCAGGCCGUUCAGCAGCGAGGCUGGGCUUGCAGUGGCCCUGGCCUGACCUGUAGUUGCUGCUACAGAGACCCGGCCACCGGCUGGUAUGAGGCCCUGCUGUGCCCCCUACACGGCAAGGUCCCCCCUCCCCAGGGCAGCAUGGUUAUGCACAUGCGUCCUCCUACCACCGGCCCCUUUCCCACCCCCAUCCAGAGACCUGUCAUGCAGGUCAACAAGACAGUCAUCAUCCGUCCCCCUUACCCCAAUCCCGGGCGCGAGCCACCCCACUCCAGCCCCUCCUCGGCCCCUGAGCCCACUGUCAAGGGGCCGGAGGAUGGCAUGAAGUAAAGCCCUGCGAAAUGAGCGCCAGCUGGUGGGUGAGGGGAAGGCACUGUCGUGGGGCCUGACGACCAGCACACUCCAGGAGUCCCUUCCCGGCUGGCAGGGCAAACCAGCACCAUGCACCUGAG